AUGACUUCCAACGAUCGAGACAAAUUAACGAAAACGAAUUCCAUUGGCAAAGCGUUGGAACAUGAUGACUCCAAAGAAGAAACACCACCGUAUGGACGAUAUCACAGCGAUGUGAGUGGCUAUUUACCCCCCGAGUCGUUUUCUCCAUUCGGGAGCAUAAGUGGAACAAAUGAGAAUUUGUACUGGAGUGGCAAAAGUGAUGACGAUGUUGGUGAGGCUACCGAUGGGGGGGACACUUCCCCAGAUGAAAUCUCCGCUGAUGGUACUUUCGCUGAUGGUACUUUUGCUUAUGGCACUUUUGCUUAUGGUAUUUCCGCUGAUGGCACUUUCGCUCCUUCUGCCACCGACAGCCCAUUUGGUAGAACGGCCUACCCAAAUGGAAAUGACGCGGAGAACCUUCCCAGCCAGAACGGAUGCGAGAAUUUUAAAACGCACAGCCUUGGCCUAGGACUCCGAAAUAGCAACAAAACCAGCUCCCCAAAAAAGGAGAUGAAAAACGUCAUGGGUUAUAACUACUUCACACUUAGACAACAACUGAUGAAAGCAGACGAUUCGAAAAUUUUAAAAAACAUUCCCCUGAGUAUAUUCGUGGGUACUUGGAACUGUGAAUAUUUUGACUUCUCCAAAGAAUGCUACAACGAAAAGAAAAUGUACACAUGUAACUACCUUAGCGAAAACUGCAGUGAGAGCAUGUACGGUUCAAAGGUAAGCGAUAGGUUCUCUGUCAGAUCUAUGACCCCAUCCUCCUUGAGAGUUAAGACGCUGGGAAAUUAUAAUAAAAUAGGGGGAUCUUGUAGCGUUGAUACUUUUGCAUCUACUGAUGAGAGGAGUGCAAACUACGCGUAUGAAGGUAUUUUAGAUGGAGAACUAAGAAGUUUCAAAGAUGGGGCAAAAAAAAAUCAAAGCAGUCCCCCCCCACUACGAGUCAUCCCAUGUGAUCACAUCGAAGCGGGGAGAGAAUCACCAACUAGUUUCAACGAGUUAGACAAUGUAAAACUCACACAAGGGGAUGAUUUAUCGUGUGAUAUGUGCAAUUCAGAAGAAGGCGCAAAUUUACGUAAAGGUGGAAGAAGCACCAGCGAGUGCAGAAAUAAGCUUCGUAUGUCCCUCUGUGAUGUAGGCAUCACGAAUGAGAGAAUCAAAUUCAGAAGUCAGCUCCCAAAAGAAAUCACCAAUAGGAACACAUGGGCUAAAAGCUUACCACGGUACGACCUUCCUAAGGAGGGCCCUCGUUCGAAGGAUUGCAACACUUAUUGCAUAUCGCCUAACCGGAAGAAGGUAGUUAGCAAAACAUCAACGAUGGGAUCCCCAAAUAAAGUGCAGACAGUCGAUACGACAAGAGAAAAGAUAGAUAAAUCGAGACAAGGGAAAAUGGAAAAGCUAAAACUAGUGGAGAAUGAGGAAACGGAGAAGAGUAACUAUAGGAAUUCCGAAAUAAGGGAAAAUAAUUCAAAACAAAGUCCAUCCAAAUGCAGAGAGAAGCAAAUAUUCUCUACUUGGAUUCAACCCCACUACGACAUCUACAUCAUAUGCCUACAGGAGUCCAUAUCUGAUAACAUCAUCGAGUGUUUGUCUCGCCACCUGAAGGAUAUAAAUCAAGAGACCUACAAAUUUUUACCAUUGGCUGAUUGCAAGCUUUCCGGAUAUGGGGAUGGAGCAUUCCUCCAGAUGAAGUCAACUACGAUGGCCGCCUGGGUGAGGACAUCAAAGUUAUAUCCAAAUGGCCCCGUAAAAUUAUGCGCCUCAAAAUCUAUCGCCUUCAACAAGUUAAAUAAUAGCAAGGGGUGUGUAUCUAUCUUGUUCAACAUUUUUAAUCAGUUCAUUUUAUUCAUUGGUUGCCAUAUGCCAGCUAAGGAUCAGGAGAUAAGACAAAAAUCCAGAGAAUUUAUUCUCACCAAAUUGAGUGAAUAUUUCAGUAACAAAAUAACCUCCAACUUUAAAGACGUUUUUCAUCAUGUCAUUUGGAUGGGAGAUUUUAAUUUUAGAGUUCAAGGAAUACGCCUAGACAAGGCUGUACGCUGCUUGCAGGCUAACAAUUUGAAGGAGCUCCUAAAAUAUGAUGAGGGAAACUCUGCCUAUUCAUAUGAUUUGUCCAUAAGCUUUCAGGAACUACCCAUCUCCUUUCUCCCCACUUAUAAGAAAAACGGAAACCGACCCGUUAUCAACCGGGAUGAUGCCAACUGGGUGCAGAAGGAAUACAAGCUCGUCCACAAUAUUAAGUGGUACAAGGGUGGCCGGCAGGAGUCUCGCAUCCCCUCGUGGACAGACCGCAUCUUCAAAUGGUCGUGCGAGAAAACCAGAAGUUGCCUCAUCUUCGUUCCCAACUCCUACCUGUCUCCAUUACCCGAGGAGCAAAGCAUACUCAUGGCUAGCGACCACAGCCCCGUAUCCUGCUGCUUCCAAAUGUACAUGAUGAAGAACGAAAGGGAGAUACCCUUGACGAAGGUCACACUUGCCAAAUCUUUCGAGGGUUCUCUCGCCGACAAUUCAUAA